AUGAGCUCUAACCAAGGUGCCACCUUUCAAGGCUACGUCCACUCGACGCGAGAUGCUUUGCUCAUCUUCGAAGCCGUCCGUCGAGGGAUUCUACCAAAGAUCACCCGCCGUCUCCGCGAUGACGAGCGCAAGCAGAUUGCAAGCGGCACCAUCUUUGUUUUCGACGAGGUCGAAUCCAGCAUCAAGAGAUGGACCGACGGCAUGAUCUGGAGUCCCAGUCGCAUCUUGAACAACUUCCUCGUCUAUCGCGAAGUGGAGAAAAAGGAUCCCAAGCCAGCCCCAGAUCAGCCAGCCUUGGCCACAUCGCACUCGAACUACAGUCUUUCUGGAGUUCCUCUCAACAACACUGGCAGCAGCAACACAGCCUUGCAUAAUCCUGUUCGUUCUGUGCCUCUGACGCUCAUGCCCACUGGGAUGGAACCGGAUAGCCAGAUGGUUCACUACAAGCAGGAGCAUAACAGCUAUCACACGCUCGAUAGCGUUGCUUCAUCUUCCGAUGCAGUCUAUCCUGACCAGGAUGGCUUCUUCGACCAUCAAACGCAUCCUCAGCAUUCCAGUCACAUACAGACGCACGCGCAAGCAGCAGGGCUCGUAGGCAUGAUGCAUAACAAUGCAGCGUCAUCCUCGACGGUCAAGCGGGAAGCGGACCUGGACAGGACGAUCGUCGGCAGCUUGACCAGUAGCUAUCCGUUUGUGCGAGAUGGACUCUGCAAGAAGACAAUCUCGAUUCAAGUGGAAGGCUCCACUCAGCACCUCAUCUCGUACUACAAGAUUGACGACGUGCACAACAGUCGACUCGCCGUUCCUUCAAGCUUGCCCGAGAUCGCAUCCCUCAGCAUUUCUCCCAUCUUUUUGAACAAGAGCAACUUUCGCUACCCUCCCAUCGUCGAGAUCGGUCCUGACGGCACGCCUCGAUACGUUGGCGAGUCGACCGAUAACGCAAUGCGCGCUUCAGGUCAUGUCAGCAGCGGUAACGAGAGCUAUUCUUCCUCGGAGGCCCGGCAUGAUGCAUUGGGAAGAGCUGCCAAUCGCUCUCUGUCAAUCUACUCGCCCGGUCUGCCUUCCGAUCCCUCCCACGUCGAGCUGCAUGGCUAUCGAUACCCGCACCAGAUCGGUGGUGACGGAAUGCUUCCCGCGUCGGCAACUUUGCCGCCCUCGUCUUCGCCUUACCGAAAUCGUCGAUCUUCAGAUGCCCCGCGAAGACGCGCAAAUUCGAGGUACGAGCCAUACCAACAACCCGCGCCGUUCGGUCAUAGCAUGCAGCCGCACCAGCUCUACUCCAGCACCGGGCUGCCGGACAACGGAGCCAUCUCACCAUCCGGGCGCCGUCCAUUCCUUGGCGGAAUGCGCAGCUAUGGAGAGGGAGACGCAGCUUCGGCCUGGCCUCCAGAGCAGGGAGCCUUCGCGGUCCAGCGACAACAAGAGGAUGGAUUCUUUGGCAUGGAAAAUGUUGGGCUAGCAAGCGGCGCGAACGGCGGUUCACACGCACCUCACAUCGACCAGCAUGCCUCCUUCCAGCAGCCAUUUCAGUCCGGAUCGAUGAUGCCUGUGGUCCCCAGUCAGCCUGGCCGCAGUAACGCCAGCUACUCGACGGACUUUCGAUCCGAGCACUGUGCAGGAAUGAAGCACGAGCAGGGAGAUCCAUUCCACUUUUCUUCUUCGAGGCUGACACGAGGAAGCUGGGACUCAAAUCAACCAAGUCACUCAAGCUCGUUCUUGCACAAUCUGCAGCAACCACCGGCCACCAGUCAAGGCUUGGUGGCGAUGUCCAUGCAAAGCCAAUCGAGUUUCGGCCCACCUUUCUAUCCGCGUCUAGCAGGCUCUCCGCCGAAUACGGGCUCGUCAUAUGACAGCCGUCACUCGUACUUUGGCAGCAACGCCGCGCAUGCACCGGGACGCAUCGAAGAGGUGAUCGAUGGCGUCCAUGCGCCGACCGCAACACGUCUCGAGGACCCAUCUUAUUCGUCUCGGCCCAUUUCGCGGGCUGGCGAAGGUGGAUAUGCUGGCGAACUGGACACGGCAGAUGUGGUCAAAACAGGGGGCUUGGAGGCUUUGCGAGUUCACUCGGGUCCAGCGAGCCCGUAUCCGCGAGCGCAGCAGCAGCAGCAGCACCAACAAAUUCCUUCCAUGGGGGGUCCAGGAUACGACGCCUACGGCCGACCUUCGAGCGCGGUGGAAGGGCAGUCUUUCUAUGUCCAGCAAACGACGCACGCAGCCACUGAACACGAAGGCGUUCAACUCAACCAGAACGCGGCUGGACGACAUAUCCCUGCCUAUGUCACACCAGAGGCGGGCAACGCGCCAGCUCAGACUGAGGAGGCGUGGUCGUCGACACCAGCAGUGGAUGUCAACGGUACGACGAACGCAAGCCAGGGCCUUUCUACACGCCCAGGAGCCUCGCACGACCAAGGCUUCCAGCCUCCCUUUCCGGCCGACGCUAGCGAUGCUAGUGCCGCCGAGAAUACCGGAUUGGAGAGAGUCAUGCUGACGAGACCCGCACCAUGA